UCCCUGGGAUUUUUACUCGUCUUAAUUUGCUACUCCUUUAGCAUCUUUUUGACGUUCCCUUGUACUACAUAUAAUUCACCUUUACCUCUCGAUUUUCCUUAGAUCGAAUUCCGUAUAAAAAAUGUCGGCUGGUUCAGGCGGUGCGGGUGCAGACCCUUCUAAGCAUGGAACCAAGAACCUCUCCGGUUUCGCCGGUGAUUUCUUGAUGGGUGGUAUUUCCGCCGCUGUCUCAAAAACUGCUGCUGCCCCCAUCGAACGUGUUAAGCUUUUGAUCCAAAACCAAGAUGAAAUGAUCAAACAAGGUCGUUUGGCUUCUCCAUACAAGGGUAUCGGUGACUGUUUCGCACGUACCUACCAACAAGAAGGUUUGGUUUCCCUGUGGCGUGGUAACACCGCAAACGUUAUCCGUUACUUCCCCACCCAAGCUUUGAACUUUGCUUUCAAGGAUUUCUUCAAGUCUUUGUUCAAGGUCCCCAAGUCUGACCCAUACAUCAAACAAUUGGGUGCUAACUUGGCUUCCGGUGGUGCUGCUGGUGCAACCUCUCUAUUGUUCGUUUACUCUUUGGAUUACGCCCGUACCCGUUUGGCUAACGACGCCAAAUCUGCUGCCAAGGGAGCAGGUGAACGUCAAUUCAAUGGUUUGGUUGAUGUUUACAGAAAGACUCUUGCUACUGAUGGUAUUGCCGGUUUGUACCGUGGUUUCGUUCCAUCCGUUGUUGGUAUCGUUGUCUACCGUGGUCUUUACUUCGGAAUGUACGAUUCCCUCAAGCCCGUCUUGCUCACUGGUGCUCUCGAAGGAAACUUCUUGGCCUCCUUCUUGUUGGGUUGGGCUGUUACAACUGGUUCCGGUUUGGCUUCUUAUCCUUUGGACACUAUCCGUCGUCGUAUGAUGAUGACAUCUGGUGGUACUGGUCCUCACUACCGCAACAUGAUGCACGCUGGUCAAGCCAUCAUCGCCAAGGAAGGUGUCAAGUCCCUCUUCAAGGGUGCAGGUGCCAACAUCUUGCGUGGUAUUGCCGGUGCCGGUGUGUUGUCCGGUUACGACAAAUUGCAAGAAUUGAUGUUCGGUAAGGUUUACAAGGGAGGUAGCGGUUAAACAGCUUUCUCGUUCAAGCCCGACUGAAUGACGAGAAAAGACCAAAAAUCACACAACGUAAUCAACUCUUUCUUUUUUUGCAAUUGUGCGAAAUUAAUAUGUUCAUAUGUUUCCCGAUUUUGAUCACAAAAAUUUUUCCAAGUUCCUUUUAUUUUAACCUUAGAAGUCUCUUUUGACGGCCCAAUGAGUUGUGGUGGUGAGAUAUGCAUUUCCAUGUAGAUUUAGCCAUCGCACAAAUUUCAUACGAUCUCACAAUCUUUUGGGUGUGUUGUGAGUUAGUGGAUGAGACGGUAUACUUACCGAAUGAUAGAUUCGUUCUCGUCGUCUCAUGAGAUUCUGGGAUGAGUAUAUGAACUGGCAAUAUUCUCAUUCUAUCAAAUUUUCACGGUCAUCUAUAAAUUCGGGUUUGAAGGGAAUAAAGAUUCAUUAUGAGGUCGGUCAAAUUUAGGUAUACAUGUAAUGACAGAACAAUGUGAUGCCUUCUACAAGCUCAAGCG